AUGCGUUUGCGAGAAGAGAAAGAUGGCCGUGGAGGGAACUUCGUUCUUUUCGGGGGAAAGAACGAGAUUUCUCCCACUCAUCUUUCUUUUUCUUUCUUUCUUUCUUUCUUUCUUUCUUUUAAAUUUCUCCUGCGUUCUGUUUCUCUCUCUCUCUCAAUUUCAUUUUUAAAUUUCUCAUACCGCUCUUCUGUAUUUCUCCGACUCAUCUUUCUUUCUUUCUUUUUCUUUCUUUCUUUUAAAUUCCUCCUGUCGCGUUCUGUUUCUCUCUCUCUCUCCCUCUCUCACACACGUUCUAUUUUUCUCACACUUCCUCUCUCUUUCUGUCUCAAUUUAAAAUUUCUCCUAGAGGUUGCUGUUCUUCUAUUUGUCUCUGUACGUUUGCACACUGACAAGUCAAAAAAGUUCAAAAUGAAACCUGAAAUUACAGCGAGGCUCGCUACUGCGUCUCCAGCUUCUCUAUCUCAAAUAUCGAUGUUCUUUAAUGCCAGGUCCAUUAUCCAGCACUUGUUUUUUCGUAAUGUUUCUAUCUAUCUAUCUAUCUAUCUAUCUAUCUAUCUAUCUAUCUAUCUAUCUAUCAUAAUCUGUUCAUAUCUAUCUCAGUCAAUCAAGUUAAUAUCUAUCUAUCAUAAUCUGUUCAUAUCUAUCUUAGUCAAGUUAAUAUCUAUCUAUCUAUAUAUCUAUCUAUCUAUCUGUACUUCUUUCUCCCUAUCGUCUUCCUUCUUACCUGCUGAAUUCCCUCUAAACGUUCUCUUUUCCUCCUUUUUCGUUUGCGUUCCUGUCAACCCCUCCUCCUGCCAAUCGCCCACCAUCUUUCCCUACCUCUUCUUGAUCACAACCAUUCGACACGUUCGCGGGAAUAGAGCUACCGGUUGUGUCCAUUCGUUGUUGUUUCAGUUUGAUGUUCAUAUUGAUAAAUCCAGACGAUCGGCUUGGGUUUGCGAGGGGACGGCAGGAAUAUUUGGCUUGAGAGACGUACGUGAGGACAACCACAAUGGAGACGAACAAAGCAAAAUUAUACUCUCCUUUACUUUAUUGCGCUUUCAAGUUCAUAUCUAUCUAUCUAUCUAUCUAUCUAUCUAUCUAUCUAUCUAUCUAUCUAUCUCAAUCUGUUUCUUUCUUUCUAUAUAUCUAUCUAUAUAUCUAUUUAUCUAUUAUAAUCUGUUCAUAUCUAUCUCAGUCAAGUUAAUAUCUAUCUAUCUAUCUAUCUAUCUAUCUAUCUAUCAUAAUCUGUUCAUAUCUAUCUCAGUCAAGUUAAUAUCUAUCUAUCUAUAUAUCUGUCUGUCUGUGUAUCUAUCUAUCUCAAUCUUUCAACAAUAA